GAGCAUCACAUCGUAAAUAAAUGGAGUGUUGUUUGGACUGACGGAGCGAAAUUGUGUACUGCACCUAGCACUUCCCACUGCUUCCACCAAUGAAUAGAAGCUUUAAACAGCAGACAGUCGUCCACUAGUAAUUGUGCGUCGUUCCAUCUCAAGGUGAGGACGAAACGCUGUUGCUGAAGACUAAUCACGCACACAGAGCAAGGGCAAAGGGCAGCUGGUGCAGCAUGGCCCUACGCAACCUUGUGGAUGCCCAGUGUGGGGAGGGCAAUGCACUGCUCCGCCUCACCCAACAUGUGACCCGAGACAAGGCAUUGCUGGAUGAGGGUCUGCGCUGGCCACAGGCCAGACCACCAACUGAAGAUGGGAUAUUUAAAAGCCAGUAUGGGCCAACAACUGUGGGUGAUCAGCUGGUUGAAGAGUUUAUGUCUGAGACACAACAGGCUGCUGCUGCUGCACCUCAGGCCUUCAGAAUGGACUCUCUUUUGCAGGAAAUGAGGGAAAUAGAAAGCAUGCGUGCCAGAUCAGGACCCAUGCGAGGUCCGGGUAUUGCAGACCUUGCCUCUGAAGCCAGUAACUGGGCCGAGGAGUACUUAGCUUCAGAGACACAUGUCCAGGAAAUGGGUCUUGGUGGAGACUGGACCAAAGAAUUCCUGGACCAACAGCAUGCCCUCACCUCUCCUGAUAUAAUACCUGACAGCGACACAAGAUGGACUCAUGAGUAUCUAAAUGAUAAUGCCAUAGAUGAUACCCAGGGUUCUGAGUCCACAAAAUGGCUUGAGGAGUAUAAUCCACAGGAAGACUCAGAGCUUGCCAAAACAGCUAAUGAACUUCUGGGAACAGUGGAUGACCCUAAAUUCUCAAAUUCAGAGUUCAUGAAAUUUAUUAAAAAGUUGGGUGAAGGAACUAAGUCGGAUAAGGAUGGAAGUGAAGAUUUACAAGCAUCCAAAGGGAAAGUUGCCAGCAGCUUGGCAGAGUCCUGGAGCACUGAGUUCAUGAAGGAGCAGCAGCAGCCACACCAGCGCUGGGGAGAAGAGUUUGUGAAACAGCUAGCGAAGGAGGAAGAGCAGGAAAGGCAAAGAAGGAUUGAAGUGUCUCUGAGAAAGAGAGAAGAGGAGGUUUGGAGGGCAUUAACUCGGCACCUCCAUGACCGUGGACCACUAAGUGAUGGGAAUAUUGAUAGUGAAGCAAUGACAUCAGAACAGAAGGAAAGCUUCUGGGAGACAUUGCAAGAAGAAUGGGAGAAAAUGGCCAGAGAUGAUGAUUUGGUAGAACAUCCUUGGCUCACAGACUUCAACUCCACAGCCUUUCAGCCUUAUCAGGAUUAUCAGUUUGAGGAGGAUAAUCCUCUGAAAGACCACCCCGACCCACUAAGUGAAGGCAAGCGGUGUCUAGAAGCAGGAGACCUUCCUUCCUCAGUGCUGUUGUUUGAAGCUGCUGCACAGCUAAACCCAGAGAACCCAGAAGCUUGGCUGCUGCUUGGCAUGACACAUGCUGAAAAUGAACAGGACCCAUCAGCAAUUGCAGCUCUCAGGAGGUGUGUUGAAAUAGAUUCCAAUAACCAUGUGGCUUGGAUGGCUUUAGCAGCAUCAUAUACAAAUGAAUCCUACCAAACUCUUGCUUGUAAUUCAUUAAAGGAGUGGAUCAGGGUUAACCCAGAAUACAGUCAUCUUGUUAGAGGUGAAGAAACCAGGAAACCACAGAUGAUGGCCACUACAUUAGCUUCCAGACAACUAAUACAGGAAGUGCAAGAUUUGUACAUUAGUGCAGCCAACCAGCGCCCAAGUGAGAACAUUGACCCUGAUGUGCAGUGCGGCUUAGGAGUCUUGUUUAACCUGACGGGAGAAUAUGAGAAGGCUGUAGACUGUUUCCAUGCUGCUCUGAGUGUUCGGCCAAAGGAUGCUAAAUUGUGGAACAAACUGGGAGCAACUUUAGCAAAUAGUGAACGAUCAGAGGAAGCCAUUGAUGCCUACCGCAAUGCUCUAGAAAUAUCUCCAGGUUAUAUUAGGUGCCGGUAUAACCUUGGAAUAUCCUGCAUUAAUUUAGGAGCCCAUAGGGAGGCAAUGGAACACUUCUUAGAAGCCCUGAAUAUGCAAGCAGCAGGCCGAGGACUUGGAGGCAAAGAAUCAUCCAAGGCUGUGUCUGACAACAUUUGGACAACACUUAGAGUCUGUCUUUCUCAACUAGAUGCUGUGCAUCUCAUGGAUGCUGUCCAUAACAGAGAUCUGGCAAGAUUGAAUGCUGAAUUUAGUGAGAGAGACACAAGUUGACUUGGGCAGAAUCCAUUAUUGCAAUGGGCUAUCCCUCCUCCCCACCGCUCUUUGCUGUGUGAUGGGCUCCAAAAAUGCCCAGCAUCUGCUCUCUCGGGAAGAUGUGCAUUAGAUGAUUUGCCAUGUGAGUGUGUAUUGGAUAUUUUACAUUAAAAUAUAUAGUCUUCUUGCUAUUUUUAGUAAGAAAUGGGUUUGUCCCAUAAUGUGUUGUGAUUGAAUAGUUCUAUUUUUUAAUAUAUAUCUUUGAUUAUAUACUAUAUAGAUGAAAUUUAUAUCCCAGGAUGAUUAAAUAACUAAAUACAGAAAAUUAAUUAUGACUUACAUUGGACACGCUACAAGCAAACAUGUAGACAGAAUUCACAUUUUGACACUAAGGUUUCCACAUUAAUGAUUGUUAUGAGACCAGUUUACAAAUCCCUAUGUCUGGUUUAAACUAUAUAUUGAAGUUGAAAUUUUAUGUAGGCAUUUCAUAUCUGCACAUUUUCAUAUUUAGUUUUGAGUGUUUAUUUGAGUUCAAAUUUUUAUAAUUGUAGUUAGCAGUUACAUGAAAUGAAUUCUGUCAUUAUCAUAUGAGCAGUAACAAUAGCAAUAGUGACAGUGUAACAUCUUUUCUAUGCAAAACAGUGUUGGGUGCCAGAUUCAAGAGGAAAACAUAUUUAAAGGAAAAAUAAAAUAAAGUGGCCUCACAUAUGUUUAUUGACACACACUGUACAUGUUUGGUAGUUUCAUAAGACCUUUAGUCAAGACCAUCACUAAGUUUCUGGUGAAUUUGGAGAUGUGGGAUCCAAACUCCAGCUUCCCUUCCCUUUAUGUGUUGGAGCACAGACUGAUGGUUACACAAUGAUGGGAGGGGGAUAAAAUAACUUUCCAAUAUUUUGUGGAUCUUUUCUGUUUUGGUGACAAAUCAUGUGCAAUUAAAAGGUUGAAUGCAAGUACUUAAAAUUAUAAUUUUUUAUCAUUAUCACCAUCAUCAUUAAAAUCAUCAUCAUCAUCAUCAUCAUCAUCAUCAUCAUCAUCAUCAUCAUCAUCAUCAUGUCCUCUUAUUACCACCUCCACUACCAUUACUACCAUUGCAGCAAUGUAAUAUGUUAGACCUCAUUGUGGUGGUGAAAUAGAAAAGGUCAUUGUAUCCAGAUUUUGGCAUUUCUAGUUUUACAUUUAGAUCAUACAUACUGUGUGUUUGGAAAUUGUUACAUUAUUAGUAUUAGAUUUAUUAGUUUGUUUACUAGUUUGAAGAUGCCUUUUACUGCUAUAUUUAAAGUGGAGGUGAGGAGCAGAGUGGUGGUAGUGAUGGUUAUUGAUUACAACACAGUUGUGGUAUACAAUCUUUCACAUAUUUUAAACCUUAAUGUAAUUUGGCAGUCACUAUUCAUAUCUACCUAAUGUAGUGAGUUACUUUCUUCAUCCUGCAUUAUGUUGAAAUUCUGUACUUGUUAAUGUAGCACAUUACCUCUGUAUGAAGUAUGUCCAUUGCAAUAUCACAUAUAAUAGAUGGGUACAUAGUAAUGAAGGUGAAAUAACUGGAGCCAUAGUUGGACUUGACUUAAAAAUACUGUAUUAAAUAUGUAUGUAAUUGUCAAUUAUUACAUUGUUUCCAUUUUUAUUGAAAUAUUCAAAAGCAGAACUAAAAUUUGCAAUUAGGAAUACUUUAGAGAUUGACAAUCCAGGGAUUUAAAGUGCCUUAAUACAGUCACUCAAGAUUAUUUUGUCAACCUCCACAAAAAGUAAUUUGAAGAAAAAUAUAUAUAUGUAGUUAUGAGUAGUCAUAAAGCUGUUUUUCAUGUACUUACUGAUAUGUUUGAAAUAUUUUACAAGUUGUGCAUUCAUUCAUGAGUUUAGGAGUUAUUGCCACUUCAUAUAGCAUCAUUAGUCUUUUAAUAUAUUUAAACCUUUAGGCUUCUUGAAUCAUUAACACAGUAAUUUCUUGCAAAUGGCACCAAAUCUAUUGUGUGAUUUAAAAUUUCAUUUAUUGUAGUGUCUGCUAGCACUGCAUUAGUGUUAUUGUUUGCUUCAGCCAUGUUUAUUAUAAGUAACUCUCAGUUGAUCCAUCACUUGUUUCAACACCCAACAGCCUUGAAUCUUCAUAAAUUUCCACAACUGGCUGAGUCUUCAUUGCUACUCUUGCUAAAUUUAUCUGUGAUAUUUAUUUCCUAACUGCAUUAAAUUCUUCAGUUAUCUCACUUCUAAGGUGGAACACACUUAAACUCACUUCUCCUCACUCCCUUUCCUCUUGCAGAGAUCUUCAUAGUUGGGAAUUUCAAUGUUCACCACCAGCUAUGGCUAAUUGGCUAUCAUCGUCUUUCAUUGACCAACAUGGUAAACAAGACCUCAACUUUGCCAUUGUACAUGACCCAUAGCAAAUGGUGCAGCUCCAUACCUGUAUUUAAGAUCUACUUGGAGAUAUACUGAAUGACUUUGACAUCUUCCUACCUCAAACUCUUUAACUUUUUAUAUCAAAUUGUUCUCUCUGUUGGACUCCUCUGAUCAUAACCUUAUUUUCACAUCUUGUCCUAUUACUCCUGUACAAUAUAUGGAUCCAUCAUAGUGGAGGUGCUUGUAGCAUUAUUACUCUGCUAAGUAGGAAGACGAAGUGGUAAUACUCAGACUUUCCACGAAAUCUUGUUAAAGAUCCACCUCCUUGUGCUAAGCACGUAAAAGGUGAUUAUGUCUGGCUUGGAAGUAUUCAUUUGACAUUUCCUCUUACCCAAAAGCUGAUAAACCUUAUUUCAGCUUAUUUUCAUCUUGUCUAGGAUAGUGAGGCAGCUCACAGUCAGUACCUUAUCCUUCCAUCUCAUGAAACUCAGAACCUUUAAAUUUCUGCCUGAGAUCAUGGCCAGUCUUUUGUAUAACUUGCCAAAAAUCUGUUUUUGAGAAAUCUCAAAAUCUUAUCAGAUCUUAGGUCUCUGUCACAUGAACCACUGAUGGCUGCCACUGGUUACCCCAGUGUGAAAACAUCAGGUAACUGCAAGCAAUAAAUAACUGCAUACUACCAUUGGCAGUGGUUACCUGCUCACACCACUGGGGUGGCCAUACAUGAGAGGCUCCAUUGUAAAGUAUGGGAGGUAACUAGUGGCAGCCACUGGUGGUGUGAAAGGGGCAUAACUCUCCUUGUGACUCUUAGUGUUAAGCCAAAACUACUUUAUUUUCUUCAUCUGCUCCCUCACCUCUUAUUUCACUCAGAUUCCAUCUUUGCUCUCUCUUCUAUUCUAUUUCUAAAGCCGAUCUUUUUCCUGAGACCUUUGUUGAAAACUCAACAUUGCAUGAUUCUAGACUUGUUCCUUCCUCACCCUCUCCUGGUGAUGGUGAAUACCUGUUAUUAAAAUUCUUCUUGAUCUUGAUUUUUGAAAGGUUAUUGUCAGAACUUAUUAGUCUAUAUAACUGUUUCUGUGCUGUGCUGUGUCCUAUCUAUUCUUAUGUUUAUGACUCUACCUUGUAUUUCUCACUGUCAUUUAGUAAAUGACCAACUCAAAAGUAAUGAAACGAUUCAUUGAGAAAAACCACAGGUAGUCUAACAUCUGAUCUAACUUUGUGUAGAUCAGUGUCUCAUUAUUCAAUUAUUUUAUUUACUGUAUCCACUUAAUGUUGUAGAUGAUGGGGAGUGUGGUAAACUAGUGGUUGUCACCAGGCGGUAUCACCAGGUAUGUCUUCACACAGGAACAAUAUCAAAUAUGCAUACAGUGUCAUUCUAUACACAUAAAUAUGCAAUGAGCUUAUAUUUUUCUUCACAGUUCCUUUCAAUUAGUAACACAGGUAAAAUUGAACUGUAUUCAUGAACAAAAGUAUUUAAGAUGAUUUUCUAGUGAAUUGGCAUUUAGAUUUCUUUGGACAUCUUGAGAUUUCCAAAAAAGUGCACCACUGAUUGGAAGCUUAUUAAUGUAGACAACAGUAAAAAUGAAGACAACACAUCUGCCACUUAAAGCUCCAAAUUACAUAGAUCAACUUCCUAGUAUAUAGAAACAACAAUUUUGAUUGAAAAUAGGUAACUUGAGUGUCCUGGGAAGAAUAAUGCUGUAUAUCUAAAACAAACAUCUGACUGGCUCACCUUAGUUGAAGUUAUCAAACACCUAGUUGGACAACCAGUUAAUUCCUGCUGCAUUGUCCAUGCCAGUACUCCUUGAACCUGUGGCUCCCUGUAUUUCUCUUCCAUUAUGCCAAAGCAGUCCUGAGAAAUGUUUGUUUUGGUGUCUGAUUACUUUGCUAUGUCACUCGCUUCCUGAAAGAGAUGCUAAAAUCUCCACCAAAAUAAUUAUAUCUAUACAUCACAAUGUUACUGAGUGUGUUAUGUCAUACUGUAAUACAGUCUAAUUUUUUAUCUUUUUCAUUGUCCAAAUCAAUAAAUUUUAGACUUGUAUUAUGCCAUAUUUAAAAUAUUGAUGACAGUAUUACUAGAUAAUCACAAAAAUAUUUAUUUUGACCAGCUUCUCUCAAAAUUAUUCAUACAAGAUAUUCAAAAGUCAAUGCAAAAUUUUGAAAGUAUCAUAAUGAUCAACAUACUAUACAUCUGUAUGCACAUGGGAUUUACAAUAAAAAUAUUUUAGCUCACGUCACUAGUGGACAUGCAGUAUCAACGACAUCCGGUGCAUUAAUUCUGAAAACUCCCCAUUAUCCUCUCUUCUUCAUUGAUACUCAAUUCUCAUCUUCCUCUAGGCAGUGCCCUGUUGCCCCUUCAGGUCUUUCUUGCAUGUAUCAUUUGUAGACAGACUUGUCGAGGUUUUUAUGCUACAGCUUCCUCAUUUUGUAGAGGUUCAUCCCCUUCUUUUAAAAGUGUCCGACUUAAGGUGGCAUUACACAGAGAAAAUCUCUUCCAGCAUGUUGGCCAUUUUGUUGGCAGUUGGGGAAAAUGAGCAGCAAGCAACAUCUUGUUGCUUGUUUUCUAUUGUCAGGAAGAAUAGAAAAUGGUCGUGUUGUUGGGCAUGUUGGGAGCAUUUGAGUCAAAUGACUAUUGUGUUACAAGCUAUAAAUGUAAACCAAAUAUAAACUAUUGUACUUUAUGAGACAAAUUGUCAUCUACAAAAUUUAAAAAAAACUGAAGUACAUGUGCAAUUGUGUGAUUGUGAUUUGAUUGUGUGGUGUGUGAAAUCAUUUAUAGCACUUAUUUGACAACUGCAGCUGGCAAGAUAAACAAUGUGUCGUGAUGGAGUCCCGUGCUAAGUUUUGCUGGAGUGUGAAAGUUCAACACAAAUUAAUUGAGCUAUAGUGGAUUCAGACUAUUAAUUGGUACUUGGGGUGUUGGCUAUACCUGCUUAUGCUGUUGCCACCUGACUCUGAGUGACCUGACCAGUCCUGACCAUGGCCAGCAGGGCACAGCAUGAGGAGACAGCCUAUAUACAUAGCCAAGAGGGGCGAAGGACUUACAGCGUCAUUCUUCCAUCAUCAAAUCAAAAGCCAUUCAAAAAAACAUGGAGUUGUAUGUAAUAACAUAUAAUUUUGGAAUAAUUAAGGCAAAAUAAAGUGGCUGAAGAGAUGCUGGUUGGGGGUUUCUUGUUGUUGGAAUGAUGAGGCAUCAACACAGUGGUCCUGUCCCUGUGUGAUGCCAAACUUGUUGGGUUCACAGUAUCACCUGCAAAACUGGCCAACAUGUUGAGAGAAAUUUGCCCUGUGUGACAUUGCCUUUUAACCAGUAUCCGACCUAAAGGGGUCCAACUUUGUGAGGUUUCACUGUACUUUCUUAAAGGGGGCUGCAUUUGUUUAGCCUUUUGCUUAAGACUGCUCAGAGUUUUCAUUAUUAUUUUAUUUUAUUUUAUUUUAUUUUAUUUAUUUAUUUAUUUUUAUUUUAUUUUAUUUUAUUUAUUUAUUUAUUUUUUUUUUUUUGCACAAUGAGUGUGGUAGUCUGCUAGCUAUGGCUUUUCCAACAGGAAAACUCUUCUUAGGAGGUAACAAUGAAGAAGGUCCCCCAUCUUUGUAUUUCUAUACACAUGAUCAAACUUUCUACUUUGUAUCAUAAAUAAACCUUUUCAAAGUAUAUCUUUUCCUCGUAUAUGGUUCCCAUCUUGUCCUUAUCUUUCCCUCAUCUUUCUACUCAAAUUAUUUAAUUUGUGCCAUCCAUUAAAUCACACAGUACACAAAACUCAUACUUUCUUAUUCAUCUUUGUACUUCAGGUAUUCUCAUUACAAUACAUUUUUUAGAUAUCAAGUGCAGUUGAAUUCAUUUUCAUUUUUCUAAUUCAGUGUUUAUACAUUGUAAGUAAUCUUGAUUACAAUAUUGUUACUGUUAUUCAUUGACUUUAUCCAUAUUAUUAAGUUACUGAUACAUCUAUAUUACAGAGAAUGAUUAAUUGUUUAGUAAUGAGAAACUGGUCAAGAUGCUUCAUAAAACAGAAAGAGUCUACCUAAGGAUUCAGAGAAAGUGAUUAUGUAUGAAUUAAAUCAAAAGAAGACAAACUAAAUACUGAAUCCGGCAAAAAAAAAUAGAAAAGAAAAGAAAACUGAAAGAGGCAGCAGUUGGCUAUGAAGCAACAAAUAAAAAAAAAAAAAAGAGUUCAAGGUAUUGUUGACCUUGAUAUGCAGCUAAAGGUAGAGGUGGUGGUAUACAUGUAAUGAAGGAUUAUGCUUUAUAUUGAAAACAGGGUGCUUUAGAAUAUUUUGUUUUUAAGUCACUGUGGAAGAUAUGUUAGGGGAACUGUGUAUCAGUUGUUAUUUGAAUUCUGGGUAACUCCAAAAAUAAGUAUUGCAAUAAGAUUUCCAGUACUAGAAUAAUAGUUCUAGUACAGGGACUGGAGAAUUUUGAAAAUGUAUAUUCAUACAUUUUUAGAAUUUCAUCUAGUUUUCAAAUCAUGAGCAUGAAUCAAACACAAGUAGUCACAUAUAUUAUAUACAUCUUGUAAUUUCAUUUACCUAUAAGUUUGAAAGCAGGCUUUACUAGUAAAUGCCUUUAUUUUAAAAUGUUGCCACAUAUAAUUUUUAGUUUUUAUGUAUGUGAAUAUUUUUAGACAAUACUUUAUUAUAGUUUUUUUAUAUGGUUGGUGUUAUGGAUUUAUUUUAUUAAAGUCUGUAUCAGUAUCAUUGUUUCUAAUUGCAAAUGUAGCCGGAAAACUGUCUGUACAAGUACAAUUUUCAGUACUUACAUCAUCCAGGUGAUGUGCAUAUUUUUUUUAUUUAAUUUAUUUGAUCAUUUCAUUUAUUUACAUGUUUAUUUUUAUGACAUUCAUGCCCCUUUUUCAUCCAUUUCUGGGCUACUUUCCAUGUGUUUAUUCAAGAUAAGCUACCUUGCACAGCAUAAAACACCAUCACAGGGAUCACUUCACAGCAAAAGAUAUUGGAUGUAUUUCAUUGUAUUCUUGAAAAUUUUAUAUAAUCAGUUACAUUUGUUUUUUUAUAAUUUGAUCAUAUUUUGUAAGUCUCACAUGAUAGAUAUCAGUAUGUCUUCCCUGAUGAUCCCUUACAAUUCAUGACUUUGUUUGACUGUAACAUAUUUGUAGUCAGAUAGUUCUGAGGCUUUUUAGGUUCUAGUUUGACCAGAAUUAAUUAUACACCUAGGAGUUGUGUUAAAGUGCCAUCUAGUAACACUAGGAUAAGGUUGGGAGGCAAGCUUUAGGCGCAGGACUCAGGUGAUGCAUGUAUCCUUUGCUAAUUUAAUGAUGGAAAGAGUUUUCGCGAUGUGGUGUCAUAUUUUAGGGGGAUUUUUUUGAGUGUUUGUAUGUGAGUCAUAAACACGUGAUAUGUUGGCUAGUGAGGUCCAUGCUGUGAUACUGGCAGGAUUUUUCUUCUUUAUUUAAUACUUUAUUUUUAUCGUAGAAAAAUUUUAUUUGCUCAAUCUCUGUGCAUACCUAACUAGUAUCUUUUCUUAAAAAAAGAAUCAGAAUUUUCAAAAUCAUAUAAUAAUUGUGGAAGUCUGUAAAUCUGAAGCUGUUGGCAAGUUUCUUGUGUAAGGCUAGCUUGAAGGCAAGUGUGUUCAGAGGUACAGAGCAGGAGUGCAAGUGGUGAAGUGUGUGGAAAUACUGGAGAGCAUGUGUCUUUCUUAGCGCGAGAGAAUGUAAAUAUUUUAUAGUCAUCAGUUGUUAUCCUGGGUUUGGUUUCCAAAUAGUGUAUGUAUGUAAUGUAUACAAAAUAAAGUAAAGCCCUUGGGGACUUAGGAAACAGUUUUGGAAGAAUGGAUGGUGUUACCUGUUUUGCCAAAAUAAAUCUAAUAUGUGGGUUC